AUGCUACCGGUGGCGGCGGCGGCGUCUGUGCCGCAGUGGCUGUCCAGUCUGCUGCAAUGCCCCAGCGGUGGCAAUGGCUGGGCUCGUAUGAAGAGCAGGCUGCGAUGUUGGGGUCUGCAGCCCUCCGGGCGAGAGCCAGAGACCCACUGCAGUUCUCCUUUGCAGAGGGUUUCACAGACCAGCCUUUGCAUGCAAGACUCCUUCUCAUUGACUGUUCAGUCCUGCAUCAUGCCAAAAGACUGUGAAACCUCAGAGUGGUCCUCCUGGAGCCCUUGCUCUAAGACAUGUCGCUCAGGAAGUCUCUUGCCAGGAUUUAGAAGCAGGAGUCGGGACGUGAAGCACAUUGCUAUUGGAGGUGGAAAGGAGUGCCCUGAACUUCUUGAGAAAGAGGCCUGCAUUGUUGAAGGAGAUCUGCUGCGACAGUGUCCCAGGUAUUCCUGGAGAACCUCUGAGUGGAAAGAAUGCCAAGUUUCUCUCCUCCUGGAGCAGCAGGACCCCCAUUGGCAUAUGACAGGACCCGUCUGCGGCGGGGGGAUCCAGACCCGGGAGGUAUACUGCGCCCAGAGCAUGCCAAUGGCUGCCACAUCGAGGGCCAAGGAAG